GGCAACAGGUCAGUGGAAAACGCCUCCUGCGUGACGCGAUGCAUGCCGGGCACGUCACGCACCGACUAGGCGCCGCGGUGGAUGCCGGGAUCAGUGAGGCAGUCUGACGGAGCCCGGGAUACUGAAGAGCGGAGCUCCGCCCCUCAGUUCUCCCCGGGAUACCGGUGCGGCCGACAGGAGACACGGGAGCCGCUGAGGAUUAAACUGCGUGAGCGGUUCCCGGUGUCCGGCCGCUGUUUUCGCUCCCUUACUGGUUCGGGGCUCAGAGAACGAGAGGCAGAAUUCUGAGUCCCGGGAUCACGAGACGGCGGCAAGAUGAUGUGCGAAGUGAUGCCAACGAUUAGCGAGGCUGAGAUGCCAUCUGGGGGCAACGGAGGCCAUGGGUCUGGGUCUCCUCUUCAGGCAGAUUCAGACUCUCACUUUGAGCAGCUUAUGGUGUCCAUGUUGGAGGAAAGAGACAGACUGCUCGACACAUUGCGGGAAACCCAGGAAUCUCUAGCAUUAAGUCAGUGCAAAUUCCAGGAAGCAAGUCAUGAACGGGACUCUCUCCAGAGGCAGCUGAACACAGCCCUUCCACAGGAGUUUGCUGCACUUACAAAAGAGCUAAAUAUUUGUCGAGAGCAGCUUCUAGAGAGGGAAGAAGAGAUCGGUGAACUAAAGGCAGAAAGAAACAACACUAGGCUCUUACUUGAACAUCUGGAGUGUCUGGUUUCCCGACACGAAAGGUCCCUCAGAAUGACCGUGGUGAAGAGACAGGCGCAGUCUCCUGCUGGGGUGUCCAGUGAAGUUGAAGUCCUCAAGGCACUCAAGUCUCUGUUUGAACAUCACAAAGCUUUGGAUGAAAAGGUGAGAGAGAGGUUACGAGUAGCCUUAGAGAGGUGUAGCUUAUUGGAAGAAGAACUGGCUGUAACACACAAAGAGCUGAUGAUCACAAGAGAGCAGAAUAACCAGAAGAAAAUAUUUAAUGACGGUACAGCGGAUGUAAACCACGAGCAAGAAUACGCACUUAACACUAACGGGAAGAGAUCAUCCGACAGCUCUAUAAAUCACAACGAGGACCUAUCUAAAGUAAUGGAGCUCCAGGAUUUCAUAGAGAAACAAACUAAGGAGCAGGUUCAAAUGAAGGAGCGCCUGGCUGUUCUUUCCAGCCGUGUAACAGAGCUUGAAGAAGAUCUCGAUACUGCAAGGAAGGACUUAAUCAAGUCUGAAGAAAUGAACUCAAAACUUCAACGAGACGUACGAGAGGCCAUGGCUCAGAAGGAUGACAUGGAAGAGAGAAUCACCACUCUUGAAAAACGCUACCUCGCCGCACAGCGCGAAUCCACCUCUGUGCACGACCUCAACGAUAAACUUGAAAAUGAAAUCGCUAAUAAAGAGUCAGCUCUCAGACAGAGUGAAGAGAAAAACCGUCAAAUUCAGGAACGACUUGAAUUGGCAGAGCAGAAGCUUCAGCAGACUCUGAGGAAAGCGGAAACACUGCCCGAGGUAGAGGCAGAACUGGCACAGCGCGUGGCUGCUCUUUCAAAGGCAGAGGAGAGACACGGUAAUAUUGAGGAACGCUUACGCCAGAUGGAGUCGCAGUUGGAAGAAAAGAAUCAGGAACUGCAGAGGGCCCGACAGAGAGAGAAAAUGAAUGAAGAACACAACAGGCGCCUCUCGGACACGGUGGACAAACUCCUCUCAGAGUCCAACGAGAGACUUCAGCUUCAUCUUAAAGAAAGAAUGGCUUCUCUGGAAGAAAAGAACACUCUGAUCCGAGAGGUUGAAACUGCCAAGAAGCUCAUUGAUGAAAUCCAGCAUGAGAAGGAUCAGCUCCUUCUUGAUAUAGACACCAUGAGAUCGGAAACGGAACAAGUCAGGAUAAGGGCAGCUUCCCUUCAUCACAGCCGGCCUCACCUUGGCAGUGUGCCCGACUUCUGUUUUGCUCUUGCACCUUCCCCCAUAUCUGACCCUCAUGCUGACUCCUACAGCUCUUCUCUAGUCUUGCGUAGGCCUCAGAAAGGCCGGCUGGCCGCCUUGCGUGAUGAGCCAUCUAAGCCUCAGCACGUACAGACCCUCAAUGAGCAGGACUGGGAGAGGGCUCAGCAGGCAAGCGUUCUCGCUAACGUGGCACAAGCGUUUGAAAGCGAUGUGGACAUUUCUGACAUAGAGGAUGACAGAGAGACUAUACUAAGUUCAGUGGAUCUUCUGUCACCCUGUGGCCAGGCUGAUGCACAGACCCUUGCUGUCAUGCUUCAAGAGCAGCUGGAUGCCAUCAAUAAAGAAAUCAGAUUAAUACAGGAAGAGAAAGAGACCACUGAACAGCGAGCAGAGGAGAUUGAAUCCCGGGUUGGCAGUGGGAGCCUAGAUAAUUUGGGCCGUUUCAAGUCUAUCACUUCAAUUCCCCCUUUUACUGGUGGUACGUCUCUUGCUGGAUCCUCUCCUCCUGGUAGUGGUCGUUCAACUCCCAGAAGAAUACCACAUAGUCCAGCCCGGGAAGUGGAUAGGCUGGGUGUCAUGACACUGCCAUCAUCUUCCGACUCAUUUCCCAGUGUGUUUGUAGUUCAUUCAUCCAGCUCCCCUCCUAGUCCCGACUCAUUUCAAUCAUCCCAGCCUAGUGAUUUACGGAAGUACCGUAGAAAGCCUCCAGGUACGAGAGAUGACAGUCGGGACGACAAGGCUACAAUCAGAUGUGAAACCUCCCCGCCGGCCUCUCCCAGAUCCUUGCGUUUGGGCGCCAUGCAUAAAGGAGCUCUGCACACAAUGAGCCACGAAGACAUCCGUGAUAUCAGAAAUUCCACAGGGUCACAGGAUGGCCAGGUGAGCAACCCCAGCAGCAGCAACAGUAGCCAGGACUCCUUAAACAAAGCCCCUAAGAAGAAGGGGAUUAAGUCCUCCAUUGGCCGCCUCUUUGGGAAAAAAGAAAAGGGCCGUCUCGGGCAGAUGGGAAAAGAGUCACUUGGACCAGGUGGGAUUCCAGAAUUCGAGAACUCUUCACAGGAAUCCCUAGGGCUCAGCAAGCUGGGAGGGCAGAUUGAGAAGAACCGGAAGCUACAGAAGAAACAUGAACUUCUGGAAGAAGCUCGGAGGCAGGGCUUGCCUUUUGCACAAUGGGAUGGGCCCACAGUGGUGGUAUGGCUGGAGCUGUGGGUUGGAAUGCCUGCCUGGUACGUGGCUGCUUGCAGAGCCAAUGUGAAAAGUGGUGCAAUAAUGUCCGCCCUGUCUGAUACUGAAAUCCAGAGGGAGAUCGGCAUAAGCAACCCAUUACAUCGGCUCAAGCUUCGACUCGCCAUCCAAGAGAUCAUGUCUUUAACCAGCCCGUCGGCUCCUGCCACUUCUAGAACGUCCACGGGAAAUGUCUGGGUAACCCACGAAGAAAUGGAAACCCUUACCGCCUCACCACAAACGGACGAUGAGGAGGGAAGCUGGGCUCAGACCUUGGCCUAUGGCGACAUGAACCACGAGUGGAUUGGAAACGAGUGGCUGCCCAGCUUGGGGUUGCCUCAGUACCGCAGCUAUUUCAUGGAGUGCCUUGUUGAUGCCAGAAUGCUGGAUCACUUGACUAAGAAGGAUCUCAGGGGGCAGCUAAAAAUGGUGGAUAGCUUUCACAGGAACAGUUUCCAAUGUGGAAUCAUGAGCUUGCGAAGGCUAAACUAUGACCGGAAGGAGCUUGAACGCAAACGAGAGGAAUGCCAGAACGAGAUUAAAGAUGUGCUCGUCUGGAGCAAUGAACGGCUGAUCAAUUGGCUGGAAUCCAUUGGCCUGAAAGAAUAUGCAAAUAACCUUCUGGAAAGUGGGGUUCAUGGUGCUCUGGUUGCCUUAGAUGAGACAUUCGACCACAAUACGCUGGCUUUGUUAUUACAGAUCCCCACCCAGAACACAUCGGCACGUGCAAUGUUGGAGCGGGAGUUCAACAACCUUCUCAUCAGAGGGACAGAUAGAAGAUUUGACGAUGAUGAUGAUAAAAGCUUUAGACGGGCGCCGUCAUGGAGAAAGAAAUUUCGACCAAAGGAUGUUCGAGGUUUAAGCGCUGGCUCUGCAGAGACUCUCCCUGCCAACUUCAGAGUCAACUCCUCAAUGUCUUCACCUUAUAUGCAGCCAAAGAAAAUGCAGAUGGACGGCAAUGGGUCUGGAAUACAAAGACUGGAUUCCGCCACGGUUAGGACAUAUUCCUGCUAACGAUGUCUAUUGUUUACCCACACUACUUCUACCGAUGAUUAUGCAACGUUGGAACGCGACGUGAUUUUACAUUUCCAGACCCGGGAGAGAUCUCACUACAAAAAGAAAAAAAAAAAUCAAACAAUCUGUUCAGACACUUUGAGAUAUUUUAAUACAGAGUUUUUAAUUAGCGAUUAAAAUUCUAGUUAGGGUUAAAAUUUUAGAGUCUACUGUUUGUUAUAUUUCUGUAACUUCAUUUUUCCAUGUACCAUUCGACUCCCCUGUAUCCGUGAUCCACUGUCUCAUAUGUGGGUUUUGUUUUUUUUUUUAAAGAAAAAUUCUUAACCCCUCCCCCUUUCGAACGUACUGUAUCUCCACCUCGCCGAGUCCCUGCCGGUCAUCACAUUACUUUGUAAAUGAUUCUAGUGUUAUAAUUUUUGGAUUUAAUAUUGAACCCAAGCAACAUUAAUUAUAUUUGUACAGUCUUAUUAGACAGAGAAAUGUUAUAUUGUAAUUGUAAAGGUAUUACCUGGUACAGAGAUCCCCAGCUUUUUAACUCCAGUGUAAGGAUUCAUUUAUAUGAGGCGGAAGCCAGACAAUCGCUUCUUUUAAGGGUCAUUGGGUUUAUGGCACACGGAGCUGCUUUUGUCGGCUGUAGUCCGGGGCUUUUAUAUGCUGAAGCAAGGUCACCACUAGGGGGCGCUAUAAACAGAGCGUUUGCUAUGGCAAGUCUUAAAGGAGACAAAUCUAAAAAAUGUACCGGUGCGUUUGACUCUUUUAGAUCUAGAAGCAAUGUACUUAAAAAAGUUGUGUUUCUGGUUAGUUCAUUGUAAAUUUCUGCAAAAUCCCUACUAGUCCCGCUCAUCUGUUCCACUUCCAGCUCUCUGUAUUCUCUGUGCAGGGGAUGCUGUGGUAGAGUCCUACAGUGGGUCGGGUACCCGCGGGUUACCUGAAAAAAAGCGGGUAACCUGUGGGUUGUGGGUAUAGACGCGGUUCUCAAUAGCAGGUUUUUCUUGCGGAUCCCGCUUACUUCCAACUUGACGGUUCUGGUUUACAGUGACGGCACUUCCUGAUCCUUGAUGGUCAUCGGAUCGGGUUGCGGAUAUGGUACUUGCGGGUCCAAGCUGGUAAGAAUGUGGGUUGCAGGCCUGGACUGGCAAUCUGUGGGUUCUGGCAAAUGCCAGAGGGGCUGCUAUAAGGUCCCAUAGAAAGUCACUAUUUAGUGGGCUGGUGGGGGCUGCUUGGGCCUCUGUGUACCUGAAAUGCCAGGGACUAUUUUAAUUCUCAGUCUGGACCUGGUGGGUUCCGGGUCCCAAGUCCAAGCGGGUUUAACAAAUUUGUUCUGUGAAGGACUCUAGCUGCAGGCACUGUAGCACAAGAACCAAUCAGCAGCUAGCAGGACCUGAUAGGGAACUGAAGCCUGUCUUUGUUUGUGUGACUGCAGGGCUGUGAUUGGCUGUCCCCCUCCUACUGUGCUUCUGUCAGGGACCGUUAGGACCAGCCCACCCCUCAUUUAAAACACCGACAGGGACCAGUGAACAUCUAUAGGGAGCUCCAAUAAAGGGGCCAUUUUUAAGGAUAAUUAUAGUUUUUAGCCCCAAGUAAAACAAACACCAUAUAUUAUACAUAAUUACCUACAUGUUUAUUUUUUAUAUCUCCUUUAACAGGUGGUUUCAGAAACACCCCACACGCCGUAGACCUAAAGCUCCGGUGCGGGUCCACUUAAUUUGCAUUUCAUAUCUGGAGGAUAGUGGGGUGAACUGGUGUGACAAAGGGCUUAGGUUAAGGGCACACGGGGACAUUAGUCGCCCCCCAACAUCUUCAUCAGUUUCUCCAAGGAUUCCUAGUACCCCAGGGGGCCUGAGCGUAUACAGUAUGGUAAAGUCUUAAUUGCUGUACUGAGCCAACCCCCCGGCUAAGGGCAGUGCAAGGGAACCCUGGGAAAACCGAAGAUCAUUUUGGAUAAGGGCCCGACCCCAUCCCAACUAGUCUUGUCUCCAGCAUCCAACACAAGUGCAAAACUAUUGGGGUAGCGGGUUGGGGCUCAUUUAUAAAAACUGAGCAAAUUUGCAGCUGGCCAGUAACCCAUAGCGACCAAUCAGUGAUUAGCUUUUUUCAGCUAGCUGCAGGUUGACCACUGGAAGCAAUCAUCUGAUUGGUUGCCAUGGGUUACUGCCCAAGUGCAGGUGCCCUUUGCGUUCUAAAUGUAGAUGUAUUAAAUUUCCUGUAAAUUAGGGUUUCAGCGUUGGGACCCCUGUGUUCUUGUUCUCUCCGUGACAUUUUGGGUUGCCACCUGGCCAGUGUUUUACCAGCCUGGCCGGUAAAAAUGAUGGUUGAUCCCAAUGUUAUUAAUAGGGAAAAAAGAUAAAUAUAUAGGCCGAUAUUUUUUUCCAGAAAAGGUGGCAACCCGAAAGACAAUGGUGGUGGUCUGUUUUUGGUUUAUGGUCUUUACUCUGUAUGUGCCCCCUGCUCUCAGGGAUGGGAUUGGUUCACGGCUGUGAUUGGCUAGAGUAGCAAUGUAAACAGUGUCUCCAGCCUAUCCCAGGCUUGAACGAAGAAUAAACCACUCCCUAUUGGGAAAGUCAUGUGACUUUGGGGCCCCAUGGGGGGGGUAUGUGAUACCGUGUCUCUGAGUCUCCGGCCUUUGCAGUAGGUUCGGCGCUUUUUUAAAAGGACCAAUUGGCAGCUCGUCGCUCAGCUGUUCUACAAUGUCACCGACACUUCCCGAUUUUACAAAAGGCCUUUCGACUUUUUCUUUUCGCUCUUCUUUUCCCUCUGUUCGUUCGUUUUUGUACUUGCUUAACCAAUCAGGACUCCGCGAGAUCACGGAAAGGUGAAAGUAGAAAAGGAACGUCGGUGAGAAAUAGAAAUCAAUCUGUUCGGAUCAGGAUAUAUUAUUUAUUACCAGCCUCGUCUCGUUGUGUUGAAACUUUUUAUUUGUCGUGUAUAAAUUGGAUUCAUUGUUACAUUUUCUAAUCCGGUUUUAUUUUAUUUCUUUGUGUAAUUGCUGAUUAUGUAACUAAGUAUGUACAGUCUAUAUGUACCUUUUGAACUAUUUUUAUCACAGUAUUAUUUAUUGCUUUCUUUCAAUAAAAUACUGAAGCAUUUUCCACUGCCAAUAAAAAAGAUAAUUAAACGCAAAUGUGAUUUAAA